CCUACAUAUAUCUAAAGUCUUGAUUGCUACCUCUCGUAACCUCACUGGUGUGAGCGCAGCACUAAGUUCAAAGCUGAACGAGUUCUCGUAGAUUGAAUCCCAAUAGAUAGUCACUGGUGUGCUGUCCCACCAAAUGGAGAAGUAAGAACGCCUACAAAUAGGAACACACGCCGUUGCUUCUUUGUCGUCUGUAUCUACGCUCUAACUGAUUACAGUUCGGAUGAAGCGAAGGAUAAGUUUUUAAAAAAACCAGUAUAAAAAGUCUAACACUCGCAUGUCGUAAUUACAGAAGGAGAUUUUAACGCUUAAGUAGGUAGUUUAAAUCAGAAAGACACUUAGGUGAGUCUUACGGUGAUCCAGUUGAACGAACAGAUGAUGUCGACCAACUGCUGCAACUAUGCAUAGACAACCGUUUAUUCUUAACAAGCACCAAAUGUAAGCAUAAAUAGAGAUAUCGUUUGAUAUGGUGAUCUCCACAAUUAACUCAACGAUAGACGCAAAUAGACCAUAUCAACAUCAGCUAUCGAUGGAGAGACUCCAUAGGAGUUUGUUCCUCAUUCUGGGGCACAUGUUUAGACGUAUUCGUCUGUUUCUUACUAAACAUAGAAAAGGCACAAAAAGAAAAUCCUUUCAAGCUCACUUAAACCACAAAAAAGUCAAAAGCUUAUCAUUAACACUUAGAGAAGCAGUUAGUCAAUCGUCAAAGUGAUGUUCACUCCGAUCUAAGUUGGCAUGAUAUCAAGACAGCGGUGAGAAUAGCAGUGAUAUAUAUCAGUAAAUACAACCGAAAGGUUAGGAAGUCAGUCGGUUUCAACAGCGUUUACUGGAGUGGUCGGUGCUUGGAAACUCCUUCCUUCAGGCUUCGAACACGAUAAGGAGUUAAGGCAAUUUAAACUUAGACUAAUAAAAGAUCAUGAGUAGUGAUAGGUAGCUAAGGCAAAGGCGGUAAAGAAAGUCAGCCGUGAUUGAUAACACUGGAUGACGUUUCAGAAUUAUCAGAUACAGGGGUAAUAAAAAUUCGGGAUUCAUUAAGAUUAUUUUUGGAAAAGAUGAUAAUAGGAUCCGUUCUCUUUGUUUCUCACCACAUACUUUAUGUUUAGUUACUUUUGUUGUCAUUAGUAUAAAUUUUAUUCCGGUUUCCUGGUUUUUCAUUUUAUUUUCAUUCCAACCCACUGAUGUAGUUACACAACUUGGGUCGAUGCAUAUUUGUCCCAUAGUUUAUAUGGCUAGUGGACUGUGUAAUUACUUCGUUCAACUAAUUUGCUUCGUUUUUGUUUAUAUGAUCAUUUCAGAACUUAAAUGCAAUCAAAUCUUGCAUUCUCUGAAGAAACCAAGAUUGUUUUAUCUUCGAUCAAUGCACCAUCAUCGUUAGUUAUUGAAGAAGAUCAAUCAGUAGAGAAUUGCAAUGAUGCAUUUGAGCUUCUUUUACCUGCUGUUUUAAAUAAAGAAAAUUUGAAUUUUUUGGAAGCUCAUCUGGGACUAGGUGGUGGAGGCGACUGGUGGAUAGACCCAUCACGUAGUCCAAUUGAAGUAGACUCAAAUGGAAACAGAGAUGAAGGUGCUAUUUUAGAUGUUGAAGCCAGUUGCAAAAUUUGGUAUCGUACGCCAUUUGAUCGAGAUCCAGAAUUCUGUAAUAAUUCCUAUCAUCUUUUGAACCGAUUAAAUGAGUUGGCGAAAAUCAAAGGGUUAAUCGAAGAGGCCUCACUGAGGAAACAUUCGCCUAAUGAAGUAGGAUUAAAUGAUAGUGAUCGCCAAAUAUACCAUUCAACGCUGUCUGUGAAUGGUUCUAUGGAUUUUAAAAAUUUUCUGUCACAUCCAAAUCGCGAUAUACAGAACAUUGAUCCUCAGUUAGAUCUCCGCCGCAGUUUAAACAGCUCAAUUGGAGAGUAUUCUAAUUUACAGGGUACAUAUGCUUUACGUAAACAAAAUAACAAUAAAAAGGUACCUUUACGUGAAGUCUUUGAUGCUAGAGCUCAAGAAGUUGAUAGUGCUAUGUAUUGCGAAAAACCCAAACCACCUUUCUCCCAAGCCGUGUAUUCAGGAUUACCUCAGUUACACAGAUCUCAACGACCUGCUUCUCCUCAUGCGACUCCGAAUAAUAAUGUUUCACCUAAUAUUAGUAACCGCAGAAUUUCAUCAAAGCCUAAUGACACUUUGCUUGUUCCAGGCGCUACUAGUAGCCCAUAUCAAAAGCCUAGUAGUCAGAAACAAUCCGUUCUUUCACGGACCUACUCGAAGGAGCAAAUGGAUUUACUGAAGGAGGUAAAUGACUACCCUCUCAAUGAGUCAGUUCCUAAGGUACCUUCCCUACUUUCUAGAUCUCAUGCAUUAACCACUUCUCUGCCCAUAUCGGAUAAUGAAGGUGAUAUAGAUGUAACUAGAAGUUUAGAUAUCUCAUCUGGAGUUAACCAAAUAUCUCAGUCGCAUUCUGCAACUGAAUUAGUUACAAAAGGUCGCAAAAUUUCUGAGAAAUUUAACGCAUCUUACUCUAGUAUGCGAAGCUCAGAUGUGUUUGAAUUAGCUCGUCUCCAGGAAACUCACUUACGUGAACACAGUGGUAGUAGAAGUAAAUUAGAUUGUUCCAACACUUCACUUACUGAGUCGAGUUUUGGAGAUGAGAAACAUCGUAAACAUAAAAGUAGUGCCGCUGGUAGUAUUGGGCAAAAAUCAGGCAGUGGUUUAAGUUCUUGUGGGGUUAGCGCAACACACAGUCACGAAGAAAUUGCAAUCGUGGAUACAAAUGAUAGGCCAGAGCGUCAACAUACUAUUAUAGCGAAGGGAUGUUUUAACCCAUUAUCAAGUUCAGUUGAUUGUGAACCUAAAGUCAAUGUGAUUGCGGACGUGCAUUCGAGUACAAAUUUGGAUCAAACAGAUGUUGUGACUUUACCCUCUAAACCAUUAAAUUCUACAUACGAUGCUCCAGACUUCAAGCGCGUAUAUGACUGUGAUUCAACAUCACAAACGAAUGAAUUAAAAAAUCUCAGACCCAUUAUAGACAGUAUAGAUAGUACUGUAAAUACCAUAAAUGAUUGUACCACACAAGAAAGCAACAGUGUAGCACAUAUCUCUCGUCCAAAUGGUGAAAUGAUGAACCCUAAGAAAAAUGAACACCAGCCUGAUACUUAUGAGUUAAGCAGUUAUGUUACUGUGUUAGAAAACAAUUCAGAUUCUGCGUUACCUACGAAACAUGAUGAAGAUACAAAAUCGGGUAUAAAUAGUGUAUCAAAAAAUGAACCGGGUCUUGAACAAAGUAUACCCCAUUUGUCAGAUUCUGCAUCAAAUGUCAAAUACCUACAAAGUCCCCAGGCAAUCCGAUCUAUUACCAAACCAGUUAACAACAACAAAACAAUACCAAGUAGACAAUCAGGUUUAAAAAUUCCUUCAAAAAUAUCGAUCCCUCUUCCUAAUGGAAGUAUUUCUCGUCUUCCAAUGCUAUCUCAAAAAAUGCCUUCAAUGAGCAUAAGUAGUCGUGUUGGUUCUCGUAAAACUAGUAUAACUGGACCUGAACAAAGUUCUUUUGAUCGUCCAAUAAACAAAACUCAACCUUCACUCAGAAAUAACCCAUCCUCUAAUAACAGCAUUCAUAGUAGUGGUAGUAGUGUUUUUUCUAACAAUAUCAAAACAAACCAAACAUCAAAUUCUACAAAGUCCCUUCCUAAAUCAUCAGCAUCAUCAACUGUACAACAAAGACCAGUGCCUUCUAGAAUCAGUUUACCAUCUGGUACUUCGGGAAGUACUACCACCAUUCGAAAGCCAACAGUACCAUCGUUUGGUUCAUCUCGUGGGAAAUUGUCUGGUAGAUGAUGAAUCCAACUUUGACAAAUGUUAUUAACUUUUGAUAAAAGUAUUAUACACUACUUUUAAGAUAACCCAUAUUGCUUCUUGUGUGCCAAAUCCCGG